AUGUUGGAUGCUGACCAUGGGGAGAACCUGAACACACAGAGAAUGAAAAAUGAGGGUCAAGAGAACAACAUGGGAAAUCAAAAUAUCUGCCAAGGUGCCAUAGGUAAUGAUAGCAUCAAGGGUUUCUGUGAGGUCAUUAGCAAAAUGGUAAAAGAGAUUGGUGACUUGAAGAUUGAUCUCAGUUUGAUCAAAAGUGCAACCAUGGGUGAGAAGCCUCUCUCUGAGAACGUCAAAGAAUUAAUGGUUGCUAUUAACAAGGCUGAAGCUAUUGAGGCAAUGGUUAGUAAAAUUAUGGAAACGAAAAAGAAGGUAAUGGAGCUAGAAGGAAUCAGAGAUGAUAAAAGUCUGGAAAUUAACCUGAACAACCUGGUCAAUAGAGUGGAUAAGAUGGAGCUUACUAUUAAAGGCAAGGAUGAUGAGAAGGAUCAGACAAAGAAGACGGGUCAUGAUAAAAGAACAAGGGCCAACACCCAGAAACAGCAACGAAAUGCCCUCUUCAGGCAGUCAAAGAGAAAGAAAAGAAAGAAAAGGAAAUGUAAUGGAAAGCAAAAAAACCCUAUUAAGCAACCCGAGGGCUCUAAAAAAGAGAAAAGGAUCAAAGAGGCCCAAAGUGUCAUCAUCCCUGACAUGGUAGAACAACAAGAGAAUAUUAAUAUGGAAAACCCAGAAAUACCUUUGCUUGAAGAGGGUAAAAAGGAUCAAAUGGGCAAAGACAAUGGAGAACAACAAGAUAUCAAUCAGGAGGAUCAACGAAGUGAUAACCUGGAAGAUGAAGAAAUAUAG